AUGGAGGAGAAAUUAUGUGUAAGCUGUGAAGAGCCUGUGAUUGAUAAACAACCCCCGUGUCCAUUAUCAUGCAUGUCACCGAAAUGUAAAGCUUAUCAAAAUAAUAGAGUAAUCAAUGCCCGCAAAAAACCCAUCAUUUGGAUUAUAGGGGGUCCUGGUUCUGGCAAGAGUACACAGUGUGAGAAAAUUGCCAAGAAAUAUGAAUUCACGCACGUGUCCACUGGUGACGUAGUGCGCGCUGAGGCAGCCAGUACUUCGGAUAGGGCCAAAUGUCUUAAUACUGUUUUGGCUCGAGGAGGUCUAGUUCCAACUGACGUAGUCCUAGAUAUAGUCAAAGAUGUGAUGCUGAAAACUAUGCACAAUACAAAAGGAUUUGUCAUAGAUGGCUAUCCACGCGACAAGAAUCAAGGCAUGGCUUUUGAAAGGACCAUCGCUCUGCCAUCAGUCAUAUUUUACUUCGAAGCUAGCCCUGAAAAUCUUCUGAAACGUUUGAUGGCACGCAAGGACAAAUCUAGCCGUAUUGAUGACACCGAGGAGACGAUCAAAAUGCGUAUCCAGACCUUCUUAUUACACGUCCAAGAUAUUCGUAAUGAGUACAAAGGGAAAAUGACAAAGAUAAACGCAGACGCGUCUCCAGAUGAGAUUUUUUCUCAGGUGUCGAAAAUUAUUGAUCCAAUCGCGGAGAAUGCUAAAACCGCAAAUGCCUCAUCUGUUCAUCAACUGCCAACGUCUAUAGAGCUGCCUUGA